AGUUUUUGCAGUGAAUGAGCUACCAGCAUCUUCAGUUUCAGACCAAGAAUGUUCCUCCUCCUGAUGAAUGUUGAGUGUGUUGUGACUCCAGUACAGCAGGAGGCGGUAUGAAGCUCUUUAGUCCACCGGUGGAUCUGAUGUGCUGUAAAUCAGUAGGAACUGAUCUGUCCAUGCUGGAUAUUGAUGAUUUGAUGACAGAAAUCUCUCAGCUGAAGAAAGAGGUGGUGUUACUGGAGGCAAAGCUGAGGAAAAGAGGAGAUCCACUGAAUGGAGAGGAGCUGGAGAAGGUUUCCUGUCAAUCUUCAGUGUGUGUGACUGAUGGGACCGCCACAGAAUGUCAGGAUUCAGUGUGGAGCAUCAGAGAUCAGAGAUCUGAACAGAGAUCCAGAAACACACAGGACUCAGAACUCAGCCUCACUUUACUCUGUUAUACUGACACUCAGGAGAGUGUGUGUGACAGUAAUGAGGGUGAUCAAACCUCCACAGAGUCUCUGGCUUCUGUCUGUAAUGCUGGAGAACAGCAGAUGCUGCAGAUACCAUUGAAGAUGUGUUCAGUGAAGCUGCUGGACUGCAGGAACCUGAUGGAGAUGAGAGGAGAAACCACAGCAGAGGAACAGCACAGUGAUGAAGAAGAGGAGGAUGAUGAUGAUUUUAUUCAACUUGACAAACAUGAUAAAGAUGAGGAUGAUAAUGAUUUUGUUCCUUCAGGCGAUCCAGGCCGUUUUAACUGUCAAGAGAUUGAGGCUCGUGCUGGAUCCACAAGAGCACGUCAGUGCAACUUCAAGACUGAGUUUGAAACCAGGAAAAUGCUGCCUCCGGAGGCUGUAUAUGGAGACAAAGGUUCAUCUUCUGAUGGAGAAACGGCUUCUACACCAAAAGAGCAUCUGGCAGCACAGAGUCUUUCCUGCAUCACCUGUGAGAAGACAUUCAGCUCAAAGGGACAUCUAGCAAGACAUGAAAGAAGACACACAGAACAGAAAUUCUUCAAAUGCAGGAGAUGUGGGAGCAGCUUUUCUACCGCAGAAGAGAAGAAACUCCAUUCAGAAGUGCAUAGAGGAAAGGGGUUCCGCUGUGAGCAAUGUGGGAAGGUUUUUUUUGUUCCUUCUCUUCUAAAAGUUCACAUGAAGACACACAGUGACGAAAAGCCUUUCCACUGCAGUGAGUGUGACAAGUGUUUCAAAACUAAAGGAAGUCUUGUUAUACAUGAGAGAACACACACUGGAGAGAAGCCGUACAAGUGUCCUCACUGUGAGAAGAGAUUCACCUACGGAAACUAUCUGAAGAUACAUGUCCGUUCGCACACCAAAGAGAGGCCGUAUCAGUGCAGUGAAUGUGGGAAAACCUUUGCAGGGUCAUAUAGUCUAAAGUCACAUCAGAAAAUACACUCUGAAGAAAAACCCUAUCAAUGCUCACACUGUGAUAAAUGUUUCCGUCAGAAAUCUCAUCUGAGACUCCAUGAGAGAAUGCACUCUGGAGAGAAACCUUACCUCUGCUCUCACUGUGGAAAGAGCUUUUCUGGUCCAAGUCAUCUCCAACUACAUGUGAGAGUGCACACAGGAGAAAAGCCUUAUAACUGCAGUGUUUGUGGGAAGAGUUUCAGUAAAUAUGGUGUCUUUGUAAAUCACCAGAGAACACACACUGGAGAAAGGCCUUACAAAUGCACUCAGUGUGACAAAAAGUUUGCUCGAUCGGAUGUCCUGAAAACCCAUCUGAGAAUGCAUACAGGAGAGAAACCUUACAGCUGCUCUAUCUGCGGGGAGGGAUUCGCUUAUUUAGGAAGUUUUAAUAUUCAUAAAAAGAAACACGCUAAAGAACAACCUGCCCUGGAAUCAUUAUAGCAUCUUUUCACAGCUCAAUCUGUGAAAAAGAAGCUGUAUAUUUGAGCUCUCAUUGACAGUAGGAGACAGUAUCACAUUAAUCUUUGAUGUGGAUUGAGAAUAAAGAUGAAUUCAUUUAAAUAAAGUCAAUGCAGCUGUUUUAGUAAUGAUAUGAUUUAAUCAAGGGGUCAGAGUUUGGCUGUUGUAGUGUUUGCUAGUCAAUGUAUAUUUUUUUAAGGGUUUAGGAAAUUGACUUUUCUCUGUCUGCUGCCUUUGACAUCACAACUCCGUUGUAUAGUCGCUAGUGGAGGAUUUGCGACGUUGUGGAGCGAUUUGCUUGGCAACAUUGUCAGUAUGUCACAAGACUCACAAUGUUAUUUUCAUGCAUUUCUAGAGUUAUACAGUUGAAGUCUGAAGUUUACAUACACCUUAGCCAAAUACAUUUAAACUCAGUUUUUCACAAGUCCUGACAUUUAAUCGUAGAAAACAUUCCUUGUGUUAGGUCAGUUAGGAUCACUACUUUAUUUUAAGAAUGUGAAAUGUCAGAAUAAUAGUAGAGAGAUUGAUUUAUUUCAGCUUUUAUUUCUUUCAUCACAUUCCCAGUAGGUCAGAAGUUUACAUAGACUUUGUUAGUAUUUGGUAGCAUUGCCUUUAAAUUGUUUAACUUGGGUCAAACAUUUUGGGUAUCCUUCCACAAGCUUCUCACAAUAAGUUGCUGGAAUUUUGUCCCAUUCCUCCGGACAGAACUGGUGUAACUGAGUCAGGGUUGUAGGCCUCCUUGCUUGCCCACAAAUUUUCUAUCGGAUUGAGGUCAGGGCUUUGUGAUGGCCACUCCAAUACCUUGACUUUGUUGUCCUUAAUCCAUUUUGCCGCAACAAGAUGUUGCUUCAAUAUAUACACAUCAUUUUCCUUCCUCAUGAUGCCAUCUAUUUUGUGAAGUGCAUCAGUCCCUCCUGCAGCAACGCACCCUCACAACAUGAUGCUGCCACCCCCAUGCUUCACAGUUGGGAUGGUGUUCUUUGGGUUGCAAGCCUCAACCUUUUUCCUCCAAACAUAACAUUGGUCAUGGCCAAACAGUUCAAUAUUUGUUUCAUCAGACCAGAGGACAUUUCUCCAAAAUGUAAGAUCUUUGUCCCCAUGUGCACUUGCAAACUGUAGUCUGGCUUUUUUAUGGCGGUUUUGGAGCAGUGGCUUCUUUCUUUCUGAGCAGCCUUUCAGGUUAUGUCGAUAUAGGACUCGUUUUACUGUGGAUAUAGAUACUUGUCUACCUGUUUCCUCCAGCAUCUUCACAAGGUCCUUUGCUGUGGUUCUGGGAUUUAUUUGCACUUUUCGCGCCAAACUACAUUCAUCUCGGAGACAGAAUGCAUCUUCUUCCUGAGCGGUAUGUUGGCUGUGUGGUCCCAUGGUGUUUAUACUUGCAUACUAUUGUUUGCACAGAUGAACAUGGUACCUUCAGGCAUUUGGAAAUUGCUCCCAAGGAUGAACUAGACUUGUGGAGGUCCACAAUUUUUGAUUUUCCCAUGAUGUCAAGCAAAGGGGCACUGAGUUUGAAGGUAGGCCUUAAAAUACAUCCACAGGUGCACCUCCAACUGAUGCCAAUUACCCUAUCAGAAGCUAAUUGCCUAAAAGCUUGACAUCAUUUUCUGGAAUUUUCCAAGCUGCUUAAAGGCACAGUUAACUUAAGUGUAUGUAAACUUCUGACCCACUGGAAUUGGGAUAUAGUCAAUUAAAAGUGAAACAAUCUAUCUUUAUACAAUUGUUGGAAAAAUUACUCAUGUCAUGCACAAAGUAGAUGUCCUAAACUACUUGCCAAAACUGUAGUUUGCUAAUAUUCAAUCUGUGGAGUGGUUAAUUUUUUUUUUUUUUUUAAUGAUUUCAACCUAAGUGUAUGUAAACUUCUGACUUCAACUGUAUGUAAGGGAUCAUGUCAAUUACAUUACAAGGGGAUGAGAUGGACAAUCUCGAGUUUCAAAUCUUCAUUGAUUUUCAAAACCUUGAAUCUUUCUUUUGUGGAACACAAAAGGAAAUAUUUUUCUGUAGUGCUGCAACUAACAAUUAUUUUGAUAAUCGAUUACUCUGGACUUGGAAUCUAUUUCAAAAAGAAUCAGUUCUUCAGUUUAUGAGGUAUUGGGAAUUGAGAAUCGUUCCUGAAGCCUUAACAGCACUAAUUCAAAAUGACUGCAGCUAAACGAUCAUAAUUUCCUGACUGAUUUUGUAGUCAGUCAGCCAUCAGUAAAUUCGUCUUUUUUUUAAAUCUGUUUGAAGCAAUCGCAUACGCCCUUCAACACAUCAGAUUGCUGCUUUCCAGACUGAUAUAGUGUGCCAUAUUUUACUUUGGGUUAAACUAAUAAUCAAGUAAAAUGCCAAAUUUGGGAAAGAAAAUUGCCAUAAAAUAACAACGAUGUUACAGCAGGAGAACCAAUUCCUAAUGUUUUGGGAGCAUUCUCUUUGUUAUAUUUUUAAUUACCAUAAUCUAACAUUCCCAGAACGUUGCAGGGAGGGUAGUUUGACAACCUAAAUAGAUCUAAUACAGAAUGUUCUCAAAUGGUUAUUUUUAGGUUUUAUUUGUAAAACCAUAACCAAACCUUUUCCAGAAUGCUGCAGGGAGCGUUUUGUGUGUGACAACCUUAGAAGAACUUAUACAGAACGAACUCUAAUGGUUAUUUUUAUCAUAUAUUUCCGUUCACAUUUUUCCAUUAUUUUUCAUGAUCAUUUAUUUGAUCGUCACGUUGCAGAGAGGGUGAUAUACAACGUCACAGUGUAUGGGAUUAGAAUGCAUUAUAAUGAACCGAUGUAAAAAGCAUUCCAGACAAAUCUUCCUGCGUCUGAUCUAUGCGUGUGCAUUAUAUCCGCACGCAAUAUAUUCCCCCACAGAAAGUUGCGCAAUCUGGCAAUUUAAAAAUGAACGGUCAUAUGAAAUCUCAUAUUCUGGGUGGGCCUGGGUCUAAUUUGGGAGGGUCCAGGCCCACCCCAGCCCACCUUUGACUAUGCCACUGCUUCUAGAUGUGAUAGUAAAUAUUUAUCUUAUCGAUUUGAUAAAGAUUUGACUCAUUAUGGAAAAGAACGUGAUGUAUGAGUGUAACAGAGACGUUUUUUUGUUUAUUGACUACAAUGAAGAGAAACAGAGAUGUCUUUGCGAAACUCUACACAGUGGUAAGAAAUGAAUUUAAUAUUAGCCUAGUUAAGGUUAAUUAAAGGUUUAUUAAAUUUUUAAUGUCUUUCAAUAAAUUUCUGGUUUUAAAAACCCUUGACUGUGUUGAAGUCAUUGGUUAUUUGAAAUAAUUUACUACAAUAUGUGUGUAUGUCCGUGGUGCUGAGCUACAGUUUUAGGAAACUGAAAAACAAGUUUUCAGUGUUGACGUACAGCAGGGUUGCAUAAACAAUAUAUUAGUCUUCCU